AUGCGCACUCGAUCGCAGCCAAUUUCCCCAAACGGGUUUCAGUCGCUAGAAAUCGCGCCUCGCAGACGGAAGGCGCAGACAACCGCGACUGCCUCCACGGCCACCAAGGUCACCAAGCCCGCGGCGGAGGCAAGCGCCAAGCCCCUGUGUCCACCGAUGCUGCAUCUGUCAAUGCGCCCAAUAACGGUGUUAUGA